AUGGACAAAGGAAAGGGAAAAAAAAGAAGGAGCAUAAGUCGAAUGAUUAAAGAAUUUUAUAUAAACUGGAAUUAUAGAAGACAAAGUUGGAGAAUCAGUUUUUAUUACAACUGCUUAGCAAUUGUAACUGCCUUUAACAUUGUCCUUACUUUAAUAUUUCAACAACUUAUUAAAUCAUUCAAUUUUUUUAUAAAUUAUUACUGUGAGUAUGAACACAUUAAUUUUAUAUUAACAGAUUUAUUAAUUUUUAUAAUUUUAACUAGUUUCAUAAGUAUUUUCGCCUUUUUUUUAUCAAGAAUUUGUUCAAUACUUUCAAAUUUCACAAUUAACGAUUUUAUGUCAUUAGGAAAAUGGAUUGAAAGAAUAGGAUGCACUGUCAAAUGGUUUCCAUGGGCUUUAGCAAUUCUCAUUAUAUUUUGGUUCAUUAUAAAUAUAUUUAAUUUAAUUACCUUAUAUAUAACCCCAAAUUUAUGGUGUAAAAGUCGAUUAAAUAAUGUAGCCACGCACAUAGUUAAUAACUGCAGGUUAUUUGAAGGCAGAAAAGCUGCAUGUACAAUCGACAUGGCAGAUUUAGGUUCCAGUAGCAGUACUACGAGUUAUAUUCGAAAAUGUAAUGAUUUAGAUUUCUUAAAAAAUCAUAAUUAUUUCACAUUUAUUCCAGAUUUAACAGAUAAAAAUUAUUUACAAUGUACUUUCAAUAAUAUAAACAUUUGCACAUUAUAUAAAAGUUUGAGAAAUAGUCAACAAGCAUUGGAUAAAGCAAAAGGUUUGAAAUUAGAUGGUUGUUUGCAAAAUCCCCCAUCUGAAAUAGAAGAUUUUUAUGAUAAUAAUAUACAAACAAGUGACUUGUAUAAAUAUUCUCAAAUAUUUAUUAUCGGUAGCAACGUCACCUUUGUGCUUCUCAUGUUCUUUUUUUUCUUUGUGAAGCGAACAACACAAUUUGAUGGGCUAUUUUAUCAGUCACUAGACAAUUCGGAAAUGGUUAUAUUGCGCAUUUUGCGCCCAUUAACACCAUGGGCAUAA